UGGACGAGCGCCGUCGGGAGUAAUUUCCAUCAGUUUGCGGUGGUGAUGUUGAUGUGAGCUGUUACUGCAGAGACUCUCCGCUCAUAGAGGAGUGUUUACCGAUCACCAGCACUGCAAUGAUCGCUUCAUCACAUCCAGUCUGAAUCUGGACGAAUCUCUGGUGUCGAGGGGACUGCAUUGGUUUUACCCCUGCUAACGCGGAGAUCAAAAUGGGGAACAGUUUCUCCAACAUAUCUGCGUUUCAGUCUCUCCAUAUAGUGAUGCUUGGCUUGGACUCCGCAGGGAAAACCACGGUCCUUUACAGACUGAAAUUCAACGAGUUUGUCAACACUGUGCCUACAAUAGGAUUCAACACGGAAAAAAUCAAGCUGAGUAACGGCACGGCCAAAGGAAUAAGCUGUCAUUUUUGGGACGUUGGUGGGCAGGAGAAACUCCGGCCCUUGUGGAAAUCGUACAGUAGGUGCACGGAUGGCAUUAUUUAUGUGGUGGACUCUGUAGACGUGGAUCGACUGGAGGAGGCCAAGACGGAGCUACAUAAAGUCACCAAAUUCGCUGAAAACCAAGGAACGCCGCUGUUGGUCAUAGCUAAUAAACAGGACCUGCCGAGAUCUCUGUCCGUGGCGGAUAUAGAGAAGCAGCUGGCGCUCCAGGAGCUCACGCCUGCCACCACCUACCACAUCCAACCGGCCUGUGCCAUCAUCGGCGAGGGGCUUCACGAAGGCAUGGACAAACUGUACGAAAUGAUAGUCAAACGACGAAAAAGCCUCAAACAGAAGAAAAAGCGAUAACUCUCUACAAAGCCUGCACCUGCCUUUUCCCAUUGCUGAUGGCCUGAGUCAUUGCGUUUGCCAUUUCAACGUUGCACUGUUGACAUUCAUCGGAAUGGUUGUUUGUUGUCGAGUUGGAUUCAUGUUGCAUGUGAUCGUGAUGGCGCGGGUGAACCAAAAUAAAAAUACAAUUAAAGGGCUGGUCCCGAUUAAGCUGCCAUUUGAAGGAGUUCUCUGUACUGAAGCACUGUGAAAAAACGCUGUGACAUUUCAUGGAAUGCUUGAUAUCUUAUUUUGACUCUUAUGGAAUAUAGAGUAAACUUCUAAGAACAUUAUCAAGAACUGUUGCUUCAAAAUCCCAGAAGGAACUGGGGUUUGAGGACCUUGUAAUUUACUAAAUUACUGUAACUUCAGUGUGCCCAAAUGAGUAUAUGAGGCCUCAUGAAGACGUCUAGAUUUACAGGAACUCUGAAGAACACAAGUUAUGGACUACAGGCAUUACCUCCUGUGACACGGUCCACCUCUAAGCACUUUUUUCUUACCAAGAUAGUAGUGUACAACACUGUAGAUCAGAUAUUAGACUGUCAGUGCAUUACAAAGUGGAGAUGAAUCCUGAAGUAUUUUUCAAAUAAAAUGUGUUAAAGCAAA